AGUCUUUCCCCCUCCGGCUCAGCCCCUUUGUCGGGACCCCUCCAUCAGACGCAUCAGACUGAUGAUCAUCUAUCCAUCGUGCCGGCGUCUGCUGAUAGACGACCUCGGGAAGGUCAACAGUUCCCUAAAAACUUCCUCCUAACAAACCCCAUAACCAUCCCCGACUUGGCAAACUAUACUAUGGAACAACAAACACCCCAAGAGUUCAUCCUCGAGGCUUUUGCCGACCCGGCUUCCGUCCGCGAUGUAGUAAGAGGAAUUUUACACACCAUCUUCUUCCACCGGUUCUUCCCGUCGCUGUUGCCGCGCUCGCGCGAGGUCCUCGAUAUCACGCUACCGUACGUCGAAGAUGCCGAGCUGGAUACUAUGAUCGAGAAGCGUGCCGCUGAGCUCGCGCGCGAACUCGAUGCCGAACGAACACAUUCGCACACGCAUUCCCACCGUAGCGCCGGCGGCCGCGGUAACAUCUCGGUCCAGUUCUUCGAGAAGAAGCGCCGCAAGACGUGGUAUCUUCCCUACGGCGGCGGCGACGAGGAAGUUUGCUGGGAAUCCUGGACGGUGAAGGUCACCGUAGCAGAACCGCGCACAGAGAGCGAACGCGCCAAAGUCCGCAAAGCCAUGGAGCAAACCCUCCUAACAAGCGUCAUGAAGAUCGUAACCAGCGUCAACACCCACAAAGACCACAUCCCGCCCAUAACCACCAGCGAAGCCAACCCCUUCCCCUACCAAAUCAACGUGAAUCAAAAGGACGCAGGCUGGGCCACCCGAAUUGGCAUAUACUAGGUAUUGAAGCCAAUACUACUUAUUUAGGGCCCUCUGUCGGAUAACAUCAACAUCAACAUCAACAUCAACAAUAAAAAUGCUGUAGCUGGGGAAAGAGACAUAUAUGGCUGCGUAGGCGAAUACGGGAUAUGCACAUACAUACAUACAUAGGCAGGCGCAGGAACAGGACACGCAUAGAAUCCGGGCAUAGGCUAGUCGAGGCGGGAAUAUCUAACUAGCCAACCAACUAACAACUAAGGAGGGAGCGGAGGCUAUAAUGGCAACGGUAACACAACGCAUCGUGAACCAACGAGCGGGGAAGUGAAGGAAAGGGGACAGCGAGCACCAAAAAUAUUCGGAGCGAGGGGAAAGGGGAAAGGCGUUCAUGUUAACUACCUGUAACUUCUGGACUGGGAAACGGCGCUCAGGGAAAUCUGAUCCCCCUACGAUAGACUUGGGCUUCUUCGCGGAUUUCGUCAUGGUAGGCCCGUGUAAUUAUAACUGCAUCACCGAUUGAUACCCCCAUCGUAAGUAAAUAUAUUGUAUGCACCAUGAGCUAGCUA